GUCAUUCAUGUUUCCUUGACGGUAUAUCUAAGGAUCAGAAAAUUCAUCCCAGUCUUCCAAUCUUCAAGAGAGUUUACGAUACGAUAAAACUUUAUUCAUCCGGAGGGAAAUUGGACUGCCAACAGUCACAACAAGGUGUAAAUUUUGUUUGGCUCUGUUUCCACCAUGGAGGAAGAACCGCAGGAAGAAUUCUUCUAUUGCAAAGGGGCUGCAACCCAGGUGUUAAAAUUGGGAUCAUUUGAUUGCAGGCCGCAAAAUGAAUCAAGAACUUCCUCCAAGGUGUUAUUUCUGAUUAUUCCAGGGAAUCCAGGAAUAGUAUGUUACUAUAAACUCUUCAUGCAGAUUUUAUACAAGAUCCUGAUUCCGAAGUAUCCCAUCUGGGCCAUAAGCCAUGCAGGCCAUUGCAUUCCCCCAGAAGACAUGGAGAUGAUGGAAGACACUGAGCUGGCUGAUGUCUUUGGACUGAAUGGACAAAUAGAACAUAAAUUAGAUUUUCUCAGGAAAAAAGUUCCAAAGGAUACCAAACUUGUGCUGAUUGGUCAUUCGAUCGGUUGCCAUAUGAUACUCGAAAUGAUGAAACAAGAACCAGAAUUACAGGUUCUGAAAGCGAUAUUACUUUUUCCAACAAUUGAACGAAUGGCCGAGUCACCGCAGGGCAAAGUUCUGACACCAAUACUUCGUAAUCUUCGCUUCCUGGUGUAUGUUCCGAUCUACUUCCUUUCAUUCCUCCCAGGAAGUGUCAAGGCCUCAUUGGUGAGGUGGGCGCUGCAGAGUCUACAACCACUGGAUGAAGCCACUGUGUCCGCUUCCCUUAAUCUCUUCAGUGUCGAUUGUGCAGCUAAUGCCAUGUAUAUGGGAAGCCAGGAAAUGCUACAGGUUGUGCAAAGGGACGAUUCCACCAUAAAACAGUUUUUGGAUAAGCCUAACAUCGUGGAGCUGACAGCGUCACAUCAUGGAGCUGGCGGCCUCUUGCUGGGGAUCGAACUUGGGAGUUCCAACCGGAGGAGCCGGCGGACUUAACAUCGUGGAACUUCCAUUCCCUUGAUUAGGGACCAACUUCGGGAGCGGCAACUGCAGGAGCUUCGAUCGCCCCGACACGGGACCAUUGAUCACCCCGACACGGGAGUGUCAAUGGCCGGCUGCGAGAGCUUUGGUCGCCCCGACUGCAGUCGGUUCAACUGCCCUGAUCAUGGGAGAAAAGGAGGAAAGAAGAUAAGCCUUCCAUCACAGUGGGGAAUGUGGUGGAGCCGCCGCUGUGGUGUACGUUUAUGGUGAUUUUUAUGUAGUUGUGUGUUUUGUUCCUUGUUUUUGGUAUGACUGUAUGGCAAAAUCAAAUUCUUUGUAUGUUGCAAAACAUGUGCCUAUACCUGAAAAAUGAUUAAUAAAUUAAUUACAAUCUUAGCAAUUUGGCCGUGAGGAACAAAAGUCAUAUUUCCAGAUGAUAAACGGCCAGUCGGGAUCGCGAGUAGAACAAGAAUAUGGGGUGGUGUCAGUGGUAUAUAGCUAAGUAAACAUGGAUAUUGGGAGAAUCCAGGAAAAUUAUGUUAAAUUGAUUCCAAAGAAGAGAUGAAUUGAUUUCUGGAUCUUAGGAAGUCAAUUGGUUUGCAGGGAUACCUAUCUAUCUAUCCAUCAUCUAUCUAUCUAUCUAUCAAGAGAUAUCAAAAUAGUGAAAAUGCUGUACUAUCAGUCCAUAUGCUGCAUGAAACCCAGUUCCAUAUGUUCAAAACCGAACGAAGACAGAUACAAAAUGCGGGAGUAACUCAGCAGGACAGGCAGCAGCUGCAGAGAAGGAAUCUGUGACUUUUCAGGUAUAGACACUCCUUCAGACUUUCAGUUCUAAUCUUGCUGACUAAUAAUGCAAGGGUGGCACAGUGAUGCAGCUGAUAGAGCUGCUGUCUCACAGUGACAGGUUCGAUCCUGACAUUGGGCACCGACUGGUUUCCUCCCACAUCACAAAGACGAGUGGGUUUACAGGUUAAUUGCCCUCUGUAAGUUGCCCUGAAUGUGUUGGGAAUAGAUGAGAAAUUGGGAAAAUUAGUAGUGAAUGAUAAUUGAUGGUCCAUGUGGACUCUUGGACCUAAGGGCCUAUUUCCUUGUGAUGUCUUUCUAUCAAACAAACAGCGCAGAAGUAGAAAAUCAGCCAUGACUUUAAAGAGAAGCAGCAUAGAUUUAAAGGUCCGGGUGGCUUUUUCCUGUUCCAAAUUUUUAUGUCCUUAUGUUUUCAAUGCUGCCAAGUAUUCCUAAACUUUAGCAAGCAAAAAAUUUAAAAGAUUACAAAUUAUUGAAAACUUUAAAAUAUCCCUUCAAUACCCUGAAAAGCACAAUUAAAUACAUUUUAAUAAGGUUUCAGCAAACACAAAUAAAUAUAACAAGUGUGAGUCACUUUAUUUAUGUCCUUCUUCGCUGCAGCGGUAAUAUACCUGUUCAAAUGAAGGGACUAGCAGAUACCUUGGGUGUAACACGAUACAAGGUCUACAGCAUGUUCAUACUGCUUCAAUGGAUUCUACAAGCAGCAUAGCACAGAUUGGAGGUCAGUGAAUAUGUUCACAGACUUACACUGGCCAUGCAGAACUCCUGGGACAUCCACAAAUUCCACAUGAGUUAUUUUUAAGCAGUCUCAAAACCCAAUGUUUGGAUAGAUCUUUAUUCAUCGUAGAUAUAUUCUGACUACCAAGAUAAUCUUGUACAUUCUGCCAGACUGACUGGUCUUUGAGAAAAGAUUUUAAUGACCUUACUAAAAUUGCCAUAACUUUCUGCUGUGCAAACUUUCCUUAAAAAAUCUAAAUAUGCCACUCAUCCCAAAGCGUACAUAUAAUAGUUCAGUUUUGUUUUUGACCUCACUGUCAAUCAGUGUAGAAAAGUUUGGAAAGGAACUUCCAUUUAAUCUAAGAAUGUUUUGAAACACUGUUCAGAUAUUUUCCUUGAUCCAGAUGUUAUGGUUAAAUCUUGACAAAUGUGCAAUUACUUUGCCAAAAUAUUGAUCAUUAUUUCAAUUGAGCAGCAGUCAAUCAAACUAAUAUCUAUAACGUCACCCAUUUCUUCUCUCCAGAGAUGCUGCCUGUCCCGUUGAGUUACUCCAGCAUUUUGCGUCUAUCUUCGAUUUAAACCAGCAUCUGCAGUUCGUUCCUACACAAACUAAUAUCUAUGCUAUAAUGACAGAUGCUUUUCUAUUUCACUUUAUGGCAUGGUAAGGUUAUAAAUGUUCCACUUGUUAGGGAAAUGCUUUAACAUAUUAAUGCCAAAUUAUGCUGUUUUUAUGAGGUGAUGAUGAAAAGAUGUACUUUAAGUUUUUUUUAUUGGCAAGUUGAUUUAUACCACGUCAAUCUGGCUUGUUGAAAAAAUUCAAGGAGAGGCAUGUCAUAAAACCCUGACGGAAAAUUAGAUAAGGCUACUUGAAUUCCCAAAAAGACAUAAUGCUAAUAAUACUUUAUACACAAAAAAACAGGUGAGUCGUUGAAAUGUUAUUGAAAUCGUUGUCAAUUUUAUCUUAUUUCAUUUUAGUUUUUAUAUAUACAGCAUGAAAACAGGCUCUUCGGCCCAUCGAGUCCAUGCUGACCUGUUCACACUAAUUCUGUUAUCGCAUGUUUGCAACCAUUCCCUACACACUUGGGGAAAUUCACAGAGGCCAAUUAACCUACAAAUCCACGCAUUUUUGGGAUAUGAGGGGAAACCAGAGCACCCAGAGGAAACACAUGUAGUCACUGAAAAUGUGCAAAUUCCACACUAACAGCACCAGAGGCAAAGAUCGAACCCGGAUCUCUGCCACUGUGAGACUGCAACUCUACCAGCUGUGCCAGUCUGCAGCCCAUGUUAUUCCAGGAUACAUCUUUCAGAAACACAGACUUUCUGGAGCACUAAACUCAAAGUCACGGCC